AUGGCUGGAAACACCCAAAGGGAUGUUGCAAAAAUACUGAAUGUCCACAAAAGCACAAUAUCUCGUCUGUACAAACGCCUAAAACAAACUGGUACCACUGCUGAUCGCCCUCGAACUGGUCGAUCAGAGGUGACGACGCCGCGGCAGGAUCGCUUCAUAAGGUUGCAGCACUUGCGCAACCGGUUUAAAACUGCACAAAAAACUGCAAAUGAGACACCUGGGACGCAUAAUCCAAGAAUAAGCCGAGAUAUUGUGCUUAGGCGUCUUCACUCUUAUGGAAUAAGGCCGUGUCGCGUUGCAGUGGGAAUGCCUCUUAAUCGUCGUGACGUCAGACUACAAUGGUUGCAUCGACACCUUCCUACUGCGUUUUCUAUGCAAAAAUGGCGCCGUGUACUCUUCACUGACGAGUCAAAAUUCACGCUUUACCGCUCAGAUGGGCGUCAGCGUGUUUUUAGACGACGCGAUGACCGUUAUGCCAAUAACUGCAUGGUGGAAUGA